AUGGGAACCCCUCAGCUCAAGCUUGUCUCACUAACCACUGUCGUUGAGGUACAGGACGACCGACUGGCUCUGGUGCAUAUUCCUCUGGACCUCUACCCAUACUUUCUAAAUCCAAUCCUGCAAGUUCUUUUCCAUGAGGUGCCUCCAAUCGAGCCAACUCAUGCGGAACUGAAGAAUGGCUCCAGGGAUGGCACUCGACAUGCUCAACCGGCUUUCUUGAACCUCUCUAUCACUCCUGUUGAGUGCUCGAUUAUGUGCCCACGACAGCUUGCCAACAAGUACUUCGCCCCUCUAGUCAAUCAGUUCAUACAAGACCAUUCCUCUAGUAGUAGUCGCCUGUCUAUUAGUCAGGAUGAUUUCAUUGCUAUGCAGGUCUACGGCGAGGGCUUGGAGGCUGGCCAACGCGUGCUUGAGUUGACAAGCCCUUUGGCAUUGGCAGGAAUCUCUAUCUUUUUCAUCUCUACUUACUAUUCCGACUAUAUCAUUGUUCCCCUCCGCAAUAAAAAACAAGUCAUUGAUGCCUUGGAAAAACGAGGCUUCCAGUUCGAAAAAUCCACCGAUGCCUUCAUCAAUCAUAAUCAAAAUCAGUUCAAUAGCUGUUACAGCCCGGUAUCAUCUCGCUCUGGUAGUAGUUUAGGUUCCCCGCCGGCUACUCCUCCUCCAUCGACCCUUGAAGAGCUACAGGCCCGCACCUUCGCCUCUUUGCGAAAGAAUCAUAUUGUGCCUUCUGUUGAUACUUCCCUUCGGUUGGUGCAAUGUGCAGCUCAUCAUCCGUACAGCAGUGAUGCUAGUUCAAUCUCUAUCCUUCGUACAGCAUUGACCACCACACUGGUUGUGGACAAACCACGCUUCCUUUCGCUCACGUUGACAGCCGCUGAUCCAGCGGCCUCUCUCCUACUUGAACAGAGACUUCUACCUCGAUUCUCGGCUGAUCCUGCAUCGCUCACGGAUGCUGACAACGAGACGAGCCUUCUUCUAGGUUCUAAGGAAGACAUUCUCGUCCCAAUCAUGCUAGAUCUGCGGAAACUUCCACUCGAGGCGACUGGUAUUGUUUGCGGGGUAGCCAGUCGGCUGGCUGACGCAACCCAUGCUGUCUGGGGUGAGAGUAGCGAGGCAUUCACGCCUACCUUGUCGCGCUCUUUCAAUGGUACAUCAUCCUUUAGCAAUACGAUUGAUCGGUUCUUCUCGUCCAGCGUGGGUUCUGGAGGACCUGUUAGACCGCCAAAUCACGCUCCAGGGCGCGAUUCUCCCAUCGAUGGCAACAGCGAAGCAUUUACAGCAACUGUACAUCACUUACAACCAGACUUAGAUGCAUCUAUCAAUGCUGUUGAGAUAAGCUUCCUCAGCACAGCACGUGCAGGAACCAUCAUUGUCGGUGAACAUGAAUUACACCGUGCUGUUGAUGCAUUGGAGGCCGAGAACCACGAACCGGAGAUGGUGACCGGCGAGCUUGAUGAUUAG